GAUCUCCACUGCCACUGCCACUGCCAACUUGCCCUGCGCCGCACCGCACCGCAGCAACAAACCACUCACUCACCUUUCGAUAACACACGGCAAUUGUGGGACUGGCUCUCCCAAUUGAUUGUGUGUACAACACCAGAACGAAACAACUCAAUCUCUUCCGAGUCCUCUUGUUGCCUUGAUCAGACUUCAGAUCAAGCGUCCCAAUCUUCACCUCACCGAUCCUUACUCUGCACCUUCGCCCUCACUUCGUCGGUCCUUACCCCUCCCUCACAGGUUCACAGUUCACAGCCACAAUCCUGAAGUCGGUCAGUCCUCACAGAAUUACGCUGCCUGCGGCUCGUUUUGCCCUCACCGGAAAGUGUGAGCCUUUUGGAUUCCUCUUGCCAGAAGACGAUCUUCAGCUGUUCAUUGUCGGAUCAAGGGAGAGAUACUUGAAAGUGUGAAAGAUGUCGUGGAAACUGACAAAGAAACUGAAGGAGACGCACCUUGCUCCUCUAACGAGCGGGUUCAGUCGUUCCACAUCGACUUCUACGAUCAAGCCCGACGAUCCUGCCCCCCCUCGUGAGUCGGCCGAUCUGACCACCACUCAGAGUAAUGUGAGCGCCUCAUCGACUACGACAAAUGGAAUUGCCGCUUCCGAAGCACUCACCUCACCUCCCGUGCAAAACACAAAACCUGGUAUCUUGAUAGUCACCCUCCACGAAGGAAAAGCCUUUUCACUGCCGCAGCAAUACCAGUCAGUCUUCAACAACUACUACGGGUCGGGUGGAUCAGGAUCGGUCAGACCGAGCUCAUCAUACGCAGCUGGGUCGUUAACGUCAGGAUCAUACACACCCUCAAAUAGGCCGGUGUCUACUCAUGGGGGAAUCAAUGCUGCACCAACCAUACACGGCAGAUACAACAGCAAAUACUUACCGUACGCUUUACUUGAUUUCGACAAGCUCCAAGUCUUCGUUGAUGCUGUCUCCGGUACGCCUGAAAACCCGCUUUGGGCUGGUGACAACACUUCCUUCAAAUUCGACGUCUCGAGAGUAUGUGAACUGAGUGUUCAGCUUUACCUCCGAAACCCAGCUGCUAGACCAGGUGUGGGAAGAAGUGAAGAUAUCUUCCUUGGAGGCGCAAGAGUAACUCCCAGAUUCGAAGAAGCCAAACAAUUUGUCCCAGAUCCAAAGAAGAGCAAAAAGGAGAACGACAAGGCCGAAGCAGCAUUCAAUUCUCAAGAAAAGGUAGCAGGUCAGCUUGGAACCGAAUGGCUGGAUAUCCAGUUCGGCACAGGCUCCAUCAAAGUGGGUGUCAAUUACGUCGAAAACAGACACGGCAGUCUCAAGAUUGAUGACUUUGAGUUGUUGAAGGUGGUUGGUCGAGGCAGUUUCGGCAAGGUCAUGCAGGUCAUGAAGAAGGAUACAGGCCGGAUUUACGCCCUCAAGACAAUUCGAAAGGCUCACAUCAUCUCCCGAUCCGAAGUGGCGCACACUCUUGCAGAGCGAUCAGUCCUUGCACAGAUCAACAACCCCUUCAUCACACCGCUCAAGUUCUCGUUCCAGUCACCGGACAAGCUGUACUUUGUAUUGGCUUUCGUGAAUGGCGGAGAACUAUUCCAUCACCUUCAAAAAGAACAACGAUUCGACAUCAACCGAUCUAGGUUCUACACUGCCGAACUGCUGUGUGCACUGGAAUGUUUGCACGGAUUCAAGGUCAUCUACAGAGACCUGAAGCCGGAGAAUAUUCUUCUCGACUACACGGGUCACAUCGCCCUCUGCGAUUUCGGUCUGUGCAAAUUGGACAUGAAGGAUGAAGACCGUACCAAUACCUUCUGUGGCACUCCCGAGUACCUGGCGCCGGAACUGCUCCUAGGCCAUGGCUACACCAAGACUGUCGACUGGUGGACCCUGGGUGUCCUUCUCUAUGAGAUGUUGACUGGACUCCCACCCUUCUACGACGAAAACACCAACGAGAUGUAUCGAAAGAUUCUUCAAGAGCCGUUGCACUUUCCCGGUCCAGAGAUCGUUCCAGCGGCGGCCAAAGACCUUCUUCAGAAGCUCCUAGAUCGCAAUCCGGAACGUCGUCUUGGUGCUGGUGGUGCGGCUGAGAUCAAGGCUCAUCAUUUCUUUGCCGGCAUCGACUGGCGAAAGCUGUUGCAGCGCAAGUAUGAACCCAGCUUCAAACCCAGUGUGGUCGAUGCACGAGACACCGCCAAUUUCGACAAGGAAUUCACUUCGGAAGUACCCAAAGAUUCGUACGUCGAGGGUCCGAUGCUGUCUCAGACCAUGCAGCAACAAUUCGCUGGUUGGUCUUACAAUCGUCCUGUUGCUGGGUUGGGAGAUGCCGGUGGGAGUGUCAAGGAUCCUUCUUUUGAUCGCAUACAGUAGGGAUGGGCCGGCUUUAUCUACGGAGUACGAUGAGACAUGAAAGGACAUGAAGAAUGAUUGUUGAACUGUUGAAAUUCAUGAUUGGGCUCGGACACAGCACGACGGACAGAAGAUGGCUUCGUUGAAGGAUUUCGGUCCAGCUAGUACAUAGCUUGAGCUUGAUCACUUAGAGGCGCUCGAUUCAACACCGCGUGUAGCAUGUUAGAUCUGAUUGCGCAUGGCGCAGCAAGGCGGUCAGUUGAAGAUUCAUCAAACCAUGAGCUUAUGAAUGGACACUACGAGUCAAUCAUGCAC